AUGUUGUGCAGCAGAGCUGGUGGCUACAAGAAAACUGUUGCUACCUGAAUAUUUACCUCCUUUAUGAUAUUCAGGGAUAGAUGACUGUCAGCUAAUUAACAGACAACCAGAAAAUAAAUAUAAAAUAACAGCUGGACAACCUUAACCCUCAGGAUUACCUUCAGGGUAGCAAAAUGUCAAACACUGACUUCAACGUACUAGAGCUCUUCAACAGUAUCAUCAAUGGUUGCAGUGUAGGCUCAUCCUGUAAUUACUCCCAUUUGAUUUUCCACAACACAAGCCCUGACAAUGAGCUGGAGAUUCUUGAUGAUGAUGGAUCCCCCUGGCUAAGAAUAGUUAUCUCUGUGGUGUAUUUUGUUGUGGCUACAGCAGGAGUGUUGGGGAAUCUGCUAGUGAUGUUCCUGCUGUAUUCUACUCACACUAUCACCACAGGCACCAUCAACUUCUUUGUGUUCAACUUAGCUUUGGCUCACUUGCUGUUCUCCCUGGUCUUGCCAUUUUGGGCCAUAGACAUUGCCCUGGACUACAGCUGGCCCUUUGGCUUAGCCACAUGCAAGGCUGUGUCCUUACUCACUGGGCUCAACGUCUUUGCUAGCUGUUUUUUCCUGACAGCUAUGAGUUUGACCCGGUACUUUUAUGUGGCUACAGCUCUCAAACCAAGCACCUCCCUGUGCAGUAGAUCUUGCACUUAUCCAGUGACCACAGCUUUUAUCUGGGCCGGAGCACUUGUUGCUGCGACGCCCAGAGCUGUGUUUGCAGACCUGAGACAUGUGGGCAGUGGCAACGACACAGCAUGCUUGCUCCGUUUCCCAGAUGGUACAGCCUGGCUUGGAAUGAACCAGCUCCUGCGAGUGGUACUGGGAUUUCUGCUGCCCUACGCCAUUAUCAUCCUAUCCUACCUGCUACUGCUGCGCUUCCUGUGUCGGCAUAAACUAAAGGGAAGCAACUCUCAGCGAAAGGCUGAUAUUUCAAAGUCUGUGGCAGUGGUGGUGCUAUCAUUCUGCAUCUGCUGGUUUCCCUACAAUAUCCUCACACUUUGGGGUGUCCUGAUCCAACUUGACAUCGUUGAUAUCAGCCCCUCAUUCUACUUGGCUCAAACAUACUUUUUCCCUCUGGCAAACUGCUUGGCUUUCACCAGCAGCUGCUUCAACCCUGUCAUCUACUGUCUGGUGAGAAAAGAAUACCGUGUGGCUCUCCAUAACGUGCUCUUCAAAUUGAGCCUAGCUAUUAUGUCAAAGAUACCCUAUGGUAUUAAUUCUGAGGAAGGGUCAGGACAAACUGGGCAGCUGGCCAUUCCACUUAAUGACAUGUACAGUGAGACAUUUCAAACUGACACAAGGAACUAUGCACCUCUGUCAACACUUCCAACAGUGGUGUCCCACCUCUAAAGCCACGGCACAAUGAUGAAACAAGGAUGGUGUAUUUUUAUUUUAGAUUGUGUGCUUUGUAAGGAUGUAAAGUAUGUAUAUUUCAGAUCUGUUCUCUCUCUUGCUUAUGUGGCUCUUGUGUUUUACAAUUUUAGCUGUCUGAAUUGAUGUGAGUCUUGUUCAGUGAAGACAUAAUAAAAGUUUCAACUUUGAAAGAAUCCUUCACUAAUUCACUACAAAUUUGUUGUCCAAGAUGUCUAUCCUAUUCAUUUUCUUCUAUCUUCUUCAUAUUGUUGUAUUAUUGGAAAAACAUCAUGUACAAAUGUCUACUACUG